AUGCGCGGGGCCAUCCCGCGGCUCAGCCUGGCGCUGCUGGCGGCGGAGCGCGGGGCGAGGCUCUGUGCCAUCACCCAUUACCUUGUCCAUGGGCAGCUGGGCUGGUUUGGGCUGACCAUGGCCUGUAUGGUGCCCGGCUAUGCCGCUCAGCUCCUCAGCAUCCUCUGGUUCCGGGCGGACGGACACCCACCCAGCUGCUGGCUCCUGGUGCUCCACCUCCUCCAGCUGGGCCUUUGGAAGCGGUACUGGGAUGUUUUGCGGAUGGCAGGCGGCAGUGCCCGUGCUGGGGAGGUGCUGACACAGCUCGGGGACGUGUGUGUGCUGCAGCUCCUGGAAGCCCUGUUGCAGACCCUGCCUCACCUCCUGCUCCAGGCCUACGUGGCUGUUGACCCAGUGGGCUUCAUCCCUGGUGUCAGCGCAGGGCUGUCCCUGCUCUCCCUCUCCUGGGCUUUGGCCUCCUACAGCCACUUCACCUGCCUGCUGAAGCCUGGCCACCUCAGCCUGCCGGCCGUGGCCAUGCUCUGCCUGCUGCUCUGGAGGACAGGGAUGCUGGGGACCAGGGUCCUGGCCCUGGUGCUCUUUGCCAGGCUCUACUCCUUUUGGGUUUUCGCUGUGGCAGGUGUCCACUGGUUGCUCAUGUCCUUCUGGCUGGUGGCCCAGCAGACAAAUAUUGUGGUCCAGCCAUGCCACUGGAGGCUGUUUAAUGGCCUGGUGGGGGCUGUGUACAUCUUCUGCUACAUCAAUGUCCGACCUGGUCCCUCCAAGACCAGGGUGUCUGUAUUUUAUGCAAUAAUGCUGAUGGAGAACACGCUCCUGCUGCUGUUGGCCACCCGGUUCCUGCAGGCAGAGCUGAGGAGCAGCCUGGGUGUGACUGGGGCUGUCAUGUCAGGGUCUGUUAUAGGUGCCACAGCUCUGGUGGUUUAUUACAGCCUGCUCCAUCCCAAGUCCACAGAGAUCUGGCAGGGAUUCCUGGAGGUAUCCUGCAGUGCUGCAGCAGCGGGUGAUGAUGAGGUCUCUGGGGAGAGCUCCCAAGCUGGGCAGAGCUCAGGAAUUUCAGGAGAUGAAGAGUCCUUGUCAGGGGAAGGGACCACAGCAGAUCCAAAAACUGGGAACAGCUCAUCUCUCCUGCAAUCCAAAGGGUGUUUGGAGGACAGCUGGACAAACCAUCACCACUGGCUGCUGGUAAAGCUGGCCUUGAAGACAGGAGAUCUGUCUGUGAUCAACGCAGCCUUCGGAGAUGGUGGCGUGGGAGAGGUUUAUCCUGGAGGAUGGAUGAUGGGGAAACUCACUGGAGUUGAGCCUGGGGCAAACUUUUCUCUCCCCAUGAGGGACAUUGUUCCUCAGGAAGCUGAAUCUGGUCUGACAGUGGGGAAUGGAGGAAGCAUCAAACUCAGCACCGGCGCUGCAGGAAUGGCACAGGAGGAUGGAGCAGGGCAGGACCCUGUUUUUCCCCCAUCCAUAUCCCGUCCCAGCAGCUUCUCCCCGGAUUCAGCUGAGGGCUCCUCUGUGUAUUUCACUGCCGUUGCAGGAGGCAUCACCUUGCCUGGGACAGGGACAGGCACAGGCACAACGAUGUGCAUGGCCCUGGUGCAAAGGGACAAUGAAGCCCAGCCUUCUCCAGGAUGCCUGAGAGAAGGAGGAGGAGCAGUAGGAAGAGGAGGAGGAGAGGAUUUAUCCCUUGGGAUGGCAAGCAUCAGCCCAAUCCUGGGCACUUGUGCCCACAAGCACCUGCAGAGGAGCUUUUCCCUUGGCAACACAGGCAGCUGUGGGGUGGCAGGUCCCCCCAACGAGGGCUCAGAGGGGACAGAGGGUGCCCUCAUGGAGUGGCAUCACCUCUGGGACAUCCACCCUUGUGGCACGCAGGGGACUGUCAGGAGGAGCAAGCUGAGGUCACCGUGCUUCACCUCCACCCCCAAGGCUGACCCUAAAUGCCCACAACAAGGACUGGGGGAACUGGGAGAGGGGACAGACCUGUCUGGGUUGCCAGGGUGACCCUGUAAAAGCUGCACUGUCACCUUGGGGUGACUGUCUCAUCAAUAAGGCCUGGCAGGAGGUGGUGGAGUGAAGACUGUCCCCGUGAUGCCCCUGACACUGGGCAGAUGUGCUCCUCCAUCACCAGGACAUCAUCUUCCCUCAUGGUGCAUCUUCUACUUGCAUUUUCGGAGAACUUCAAAGGUCUUAAAAAGCCCUAAAAGUCCAGGGCUAGUUAUUUUUUGACCUUAUUUAUGUCACAGUCCUGCCAGGCUGCCAGAGUGUGCUGCCUUUGGUAUAUUUGUGACAAUGACUUGAACUGUGUCCUUUACCAAGUGCCUGUACAAGCUGCUGGCCUGUCCCAGUCUGGAGACCUGGCUGCUGUCUCCAGGCUGCAGUCUUGGCCAAAGCAGGUGUUUUCUCAGGACAAAUAAGUGCCUAAACCAGAAAAAUUAUGAGUUUUAUGUCCUUCCUUCAGAGCAGAGUAAGCCCUCAAGUAAGGCUCAGCAGUGCUUGGUUUAUCUUUCCCCCACCAAGUUCAUCUUGAGACCUUUACCAACUCCAUUUUUCGGGGUCACAGAUCCUCUUCAUGCUGUAGACCACAACCUCAGGACUCUGAAUUAUAGCCAAGAGCCAUGUCCUGCUGCUUGUCCACUGUCCCACUUCCUCAGGUGGCCUUUUCUGCCCAGUCUCCUCCUUGCCCCCUUCCACCCAGCUUCCAGAUCAUAGAAUCACAGAAUGCUUUGGGUUGGAAGGGACCUUAAAGCUCUUCUAGGUCCAACCUCUUGCCAUGGGCAGGGACAUCUUCCACUAGAACAGCUUACCAGGCUAUAAUCCACAUCUGCCUGGAUGCUGCCUCCUAAAUUUAGCCUCAGGCCAAAUCUCAGAUCUACAGAGUCCUGCCACCAUCAAAUCCCCAGUGCAGACAGGGUUUAAAUAUAUCAGGAACUAAAUGUGUGGCCUCAGGAAUAGCCAGUGCUUCCCAGCAGGCUGGCUGGGCAUAGGUUUGUGCCCAGGACAUGGGUUUGUGCCCAGGACAUGGCUGGAUGUGUUAAUUGAGGUGUGGUCAGCUGGAUUCACCAGCAAGCUCAGGGGUGCCAGCUGAGGCACAUCUGGCCACGUCCUCCAGCUGUUGUCCCGCUGUGGGCAGGACUAUGGUGGUGCCACAGGGCAGGAAAGGACACAGGCAUGCAAUGAAUUAUUAAAAAAAGCUUCCAUAAUGCAUUCACUGCUCAGAGCUGACCCAGCCAGAUGGUUCUCCUGGGCACUGAAAACCCAGUUGGUGCUGGUUAUGGAGCGAAGCCACAUUCCAGUGGGAUGAAGGCUCUCUGUCCCCAUCCAGAUCCCAGCCCUCCAUGCUGUGGCUGUGCUCUGCAGCGACAAAUCAGUUCCAGUGGCUUUUCCAGAGUCCUCCUCACUGUGUGCAUCACACAGAAGGCAGAAGUGCUGCUGGAGCAUUACAAGAAUUUUUAUCUAGUUUGUUUUUCUACCUUUGAUAAUAUAUAAUUAUGCUUAAAAAACCCA